CAGCACCACCGAAUCUCGCGCUCAUUGUAUCGCUGGUUGUUGUUGCCGUCGUCGUAAUCAUCGCCAUUGUGGUCGGCUUCGUGUUCUGGAGACGAAGGUCGGUACAGCGUCAAGGCAAGGGCGAGCAAGACCGCCCGGGAUUUUCGAUUGCCUACAAAGAACCGGACGGUCCCAUUGCUUUCUCGGCUCCUGUAUCGAAUCCCGUGAAUGUGACCAGCUUUGCAAUGGUGUUGUCGGCAAUCGAAAAUAACAACACCUGGAACAAUCUAUUUGAGAGUGGUCCCCUCUCGUCCUCCUACAUCAAUGCCUCCUACGUGAGACCACCCAACUACACGGCGACAGGCGCUGCCGUGGCGUCGAGUCAGGACACCCAACCGGAGUAC